AUUUUGGCUUUCUUGGGGGUUGGAGACCGGCUGUCAUUACCCCUUGUGCCCCUGAAUCGUCCCUCAACUCCAACGCGUGAUAACCUGGAUAUGGGUCCACUACUUAUCGACUCACGCCUGCCUUGAUUUGGUAGCUCAAAAAGAAGCAUCAUAUGAUGGAUUGGCUGAAACCGUUCGCCUCUUUCUCGUUUCAUAUCUUUUCAACUUUGUUUUAGCCUCAACAAUGGCCACGUUCAUCAAAAGUGCGGCGCGCUCCGCCCGCUGGCUCCCGCGCAUAACGCCACGAUCGACGGUGAGCGGCAAGAAUGCCUUUUCGACUUCAGCACGGCGCCACUUGAUGGCCACGGCUGGCUUUACCGAAUCCCAGCUCAUGGUACGAGAUGCUGUGAUGAAGAUAUGCUCCAAUUUCCCGAACACAUAUUGGCAGCAACAUGACCAGACCGAGGAGUAUCCCAAGGAGUUCCACGCUGCUCUCGCGCAAGACGGAUGGCUCGGUAUUGCCCUACCAGAGGCGCUAGGAGGAGCCGGACUUGGUAUCUCCGAGGCGACCAUGAUGAUGCAGACAAUUGCCGAGUCAGGGGCAGGUAUGGCGGGCGCGCAGUCGAUUCAUGCCAACGUCUAUGCUACCCAGCCGCUCGCAAAGUUCGGAACGCAGGAACAACUUGAACAGACCAUUCCGAACAUCAUCGCAGGAAAGCUCCGCGUCUGCUUUGGAGUGACGGAGCCCAAUGCCGGUCUUGACACGCUGCGCCUAGAGACAUUCGCCAAGAAACAAGAUGAUGGCUCAUACUCUGUAUCAGGACAGAAGAUCUGGAUAACGUGUGCCCAAGUGGCAGACAAGAUGAUGCUUCUGGCGCGGACCACGGCGCGCGAUGAGGUGAAGAAGCCGAGUGAGGGACUGUCUCUAUUCUGUAUCGACCUGAACAGGGAAGACCACCGGUUGAAAGUGAGCAAGAUCAAGAAGAUGGGCGGGCGAGCUGUUGAUGCCAAUGAAGUUUUCUUCGAGAACUACCCCAUCCCUGGCGAUUCCCUGAUCGGAAAGGAAGGACAAGGGUUCAAGAUCAUUCUUCAUGGCAUGAAUGCAGAGCGCUGUCUUCUAGCUGGCGAGGCACUUGGAUUAGGAUAUGCGGCGCUGAGUAAGGCCGCUGAGUAUGCUCGAGAGCGAGUGGUCUUCCAGCGACCGAUCGGACAAAAUCAAGGCAUCGCGCACCCUCUGGCGGACGUGUAUAUGAGGCUCGAGGCGGCGAAACAUGCGACGUAUCAUGCCGCCAGGUUGUACGAUGCGAGCAAGACGGAUGGAUCGAUUCGACAGGAGGAGGUCGGAGUGGCAUGCAAUAGCGCCAAGUAUCUGGCGGCGGAGGCAGCUUUUGCGGCGUGCGAAAGAGCUGUGCUAACCCACGGCGGGAUGGGAUACGCUGUCGAGUACGAUGUUGAGCGAUACUUUAGGGAGUGUCUGGUACCUAGGAUCGCUCCGGUCAGCCGGGAGAUGAUUCUCAACUACAUCUCCGAGAAGGUGCUCGAAUUGCCAAGGAGUUACUGAGAUAGUCUCUCCUGGGACAAUGGAAUGCAAACAGAAGCCUUUGAACUCAUCUUCGUUGUUGGUUACACGUGUCGUGAUCGAAUCGUCCGGAAGGCGGUUGAUGCCUUUGACCAAACUGAGCAUGUCGUGACUUGCGAGUUGUCGAUACAAAAGAAAGCGAAAGCAAGCCGGAGGUGUCAAGUUGGGCGAGUGAGUUUCUCUCACUUGGCCAACAAC